AGUCUGUGCUGGGCGGGAGCCGGUAGCAUAGGUCAUAUAUCAAUCAAUUCGCAAAAUGGCGGAUGGCGGCGUGGAUAUAGAUUUAUACGCUGAUGAUAUUGAAUCUGAUUUUAAUAGACAGGACGAGUUUGGAGGAGACAAUGUAGAUUUAUACGACGAUGUAAUAGCUGCACCUCCUACGAAGCCAGAAGAUGGAGAUGGUCCACAAAACUCGGGGUCACAACAUCCUCCGGAGGAGACAAAUGGAAAUGCGCCGUAUCACAACGCUCCAAGCCACGGGCAUCAUGGCCGCCGCUUUCAGCUUUACGUCGGCAACCUAACUUGGUGGGCCACUGAUCAAGAUAUAGCUAAUGCCAUCGCAGACGUUGGCGUAACAGAUUUUCAAGACGUGAAAUUCUUCGAGAACAGGGCCAAUGGACAGUCGAAGGGUUUCUGCGUUAUAUCUUUGGGUUCUGACCAGUCCAUUCGGAUGGUCAUGGACCGUUUGACCAAAAAGGAGAUACACGGCCAACAUCCCGUUGUUACGCUGCCUACGAAACAGGCACUUAAUCAAUUUGAGAGUCAAUCCAAGACGAGGUCAACGCCGCCAGGUCCAAACCCUGGAAUGAGAGGUCCACCUGGACAUCCUGGUGGUCCACCGGGACCGCACCCAGGAGAGUUCUACGGUGGUGGACCCAACGGUCCGGGGCCGAACGGGCCCCGAAUGAUGAUGCCAGGACCGGGAGGCCCUCAUCACCAAAUGCGUGGACCCCCACCCGGACCUCACGGGCCUCAUGGCCCUCCACACCAUAUGCCACAACAUCAGGGUCCUCCGCCUCAUCAUAUGCCGCCACAUCAGGGACCCCCGCCACAUCAAGGGCCCCCACAGCAUAGGCCGCCCAUGCCAUAUAACGAUAUGCAGCGUCAAGGCGGCCGCGGAGGUGAAUGGGGUGCUCGAGGGCCCCACAUGCAGCCUGCCCCCGGACCACAGUACGGCCCACCGCAGCACCAGAUGCCACAUCAGAUGCCCCCACCUCAUGCUCCCCCGGGUCAAGGCUUGCCUCCGCCCCAUCACCAGCUGCCUCCUCACCAGCAAGGACCUCCAAGGGGACCUGCCCCCUUACCCCAGCAUCCUGGUGUAGUGGGCGUAGGUGGUCCCGCUCCUCACGUGAAUCCGGCAUUCUUCAACCAGCAGCCACCCGUGCAGACCGCACCGCCUGUCCAGCCGGGACCCCAACCUGGACCACCUGGUCCAGCCCCUUACGGACACCCGGCACACGCUGCCCCUCCACCCACUCAGGGCCCACCUCCAGGAGCUAGAGCUCCCUACGGAAGACCACCUCAGGUGUAUCCCCCGGGCCCCGAGGCCCGUCCGGGGCACCCCGCUACCUUAGGUCCCCACGCGCCCCACGCGGCCCCCCACCCCGCGCCUCAUCCGCACCCUCCGCAUCCCGUCAUCAGCGAAGCCGAGUUCGAGGAGGUCAUGAGCAGAAACCGAACGGUGUCGUCUAGUGCGAUUGCGCGUGCGGUCAGCGAUGCUGCCGCCGGAGAAUACGCGUCCGCCAUAGAGACACUCGUUACUGCUAUCUCGCUCAUCAAGCAGAGUAAGGUAGCCCACGACGACCGUUGCAAGAUCCUGAUAUCAUCUCUACAAGAUACACUUCACGGCGUCGAAACAAAGUCCUACGGUGGGGAAAGACGUCGGUCCAGGUCUCGGGAACGAGAUGCGAGGGCUCAUCACCGCGCACCCAGGAGACGGGAGAGGUCUGCCAGCCGAUACCGCGAUAGGUCCAGGGACAGAGAAGACAGGGAUCGGUAUAGGGAAAGGUCGAGGGACCGCGACCGUGAACGCGAUCGUGACGCGUAUUAUCGUGAUUACCGUGAACGUGAGCGGGACAGGUCCAGGUCGAGGGAGAGGGAACGUGCUGACCACUACAAUAGAGGCCACAGUCGAGAAGAAAGGCCACGUAAAUCCCCAGUGGAAGCGGUAGCGGAACCGGGAGCGGGUGAUGCGAGCGGAAAGAGCCGUUCAGCGGCCGCGCCUUACUAUGACGAGAGGUACCGAGAGAGGCGUGACCGUGACCCGCCGCCAGCAGACCGUGAUCGUGACCGCGACCGCGAACACAGGCGGGAUGCUCGGCAUUAGUCCACGAAACAGGCAAUAGAGCUCCGAUGCUAAGGCACAAAAGCCUUGCACUAUACGUACUGUACCCCGUAUACGUACGUAAAUUUAGCGUAUACGUUGCGUAUCGCGAAUUUGCGUACGUACAGUAAUUCAGAUUGAUGAUUCAAAAAGCAUAACUUGUUCAUAAACAUUUAUUUAAUUUGUGAAAUGUAAGGAAUAUUGUAGUCUCAAUUGCAAAUCGAUGAUUUAGAACUUAACUCUCUUAUUCAUUAGCAAAAUCCGUCUAAUUUUAACUAAACUUCUGUCUCUUUUCACAGUAUAAACAAUUUGAUAGAAUUGCAUUUUUACUAAUUUAUAGGAUACAUAGUAGCCUUACACGCACGUGAUCAGUCAGAUCUGCUCUUCACUUAAUUUACUUUUAAAGCUUGGCGUCUUCCACCGGACGCGGGCGACAAAUACACCGGAAAUAUCCUCGUGAUAUUUAUAGGCAAGUCGGAGCUCGCUGGCCGGCGAGACCCGCGUUAUCUCUUGUGCUAUUUACCUUUUUGUCAUUUGUCAAUUUUUCCAGCUGCGAUCUGUGCUCGAGCAACAUGUCGGAUAGCCCAUCCUGGGAUACCUUCAUGCCAGUCUCGAGCUCCGGAUCGCACUUGGGUCUUUCGAAAGUCGGACAGUCUACAAAAAAGGAUAAAGUUAAAUUAAAUUAUAUCAAUUCAAAUUCAAAAAAUAUCAAACUAACCAAAUGGUACUUCCAUUUGGUUGGUUUUGGUCAGAGUCGCACUCGGGGCUUGUCUUCAGUUUGAAUAUGUGUAAAUAGUUUCCAAAUGCCCCGUCACCGGUCAGGUUCUGCGCCAUCUGAGUUGCGAAACGCUUGGUCUUGGUUUGUUUGUAUGCUGUUUGAAAAACAUUUUCGUGACAGGACGUUUCGCCCUCCGCAUAGCGUAGAAUUUAAUUUAGACUUAAGGUUUUGUGAAUAAGGGAAAUAGGUUAAAUUAUUGGUUAUUUUAAUUUAAAUCCGGUUCGAAUUAUUUAUAUUUCCAAAUAUGUUCACGAACAAACUGACACUAAAAGAGAUUCUAUAUCUCCAAUUCUUUGGUAUCAACAUUCCAUUGCUUAUGUUGGUACUAUUGUAUGAUUUGUAUGACUAUAAACAUUCUUAGUGUAAGAAUUUUCUGUUAUAGAUCACAUCCUGUUUAGACACAUUAAGUACUAAUUAAGAUAGUUAAGGUUUAGUAUAGAUAUUGUUCUGUACCAAUAAUUUACUGAUUAAAUUGAUAUAAUUUA